GCCCCAGUCCAUGGUGCGCCCAAUUUCUCUUACGAACAUAUCCUCACGCAAGCGUUUAUGUCCGAAAGGACUAGUAGUUACUCUGUCUGCAUGUAUAUAGCGCUUAUUGUCAAAUGCGCUCAGGGAAAUUUUGUUCGUUAUUAUGGUUUGUAAAUUGUGAUUACAAGAAUUUAUCCUUACAUUUUCUGACCUGACCAGCGAACAACCAUGAUGGGCAGUCGGCACGUUCAGGUCUUCACACUUCACACUGAUACGGCAGUCUUAUUUGUUUCUAUUCUUCGUUUAUUCUUACCAGUCAACUUAUAAAUUCGCAUCAUAAUUGAAGCGUUUUAUUCAUUGGUGUUUGUUUUUAGCCAAGCAAAUAUGCCGUAAAAAAUUGAUCAAAACAAAAGCGAGUACGGCUUAUAAUCGUUUCUUUUUAUCUUAUCGAUUAUGUUUGGGACCUUUUAAUGUGCUGUUAGAAUGAGUCACGAUUCAAGCCUCUCAGAGGAGCAGCUUGUUCUGCUUCCGGGGGUGCCAGAUUAUUUCAAACAAGAUCACAUUCUGAUCAAAUCUCUUGGAAAGCCAAAUUUAAUAGAGUUACUCGAAACAGUUCAAGCCAAGGGCUACUUUAUUCAAACUCAAAAAAGUGGAAAUAGAAAAACGUCGAAAAACGAAAAAACUGACAGUGAACCAUGUUCUGGCAAUGCAGAAAAGGUCAACCAAUCAGCAACCGAAACGUCAAACCUUUCAGGCAAAACUUGGGCUCCACUUUUCAUUCCAAAAACUCUUCAUAAAAUUGUCUUGUUCAAAAAUGUCGAAAAAUUUGACGGCGAAGAUUCAGUUCAGAAGAUAAGCAAGCCGAUAUUAGACCAGCUAGAACAUAUUAGAAACAUUGUCGGACUAGAGGACGGUAAGUUUCUAAAAGUCGACAUUGUUAUUCUUGUCGCCCAAACACUGCGGAAAAAAACUUCUCAAAUAAAGCAAAAAAUAGCUGAAAAAAUUUUACUAGAAACAUCGCAAAUCCAAUUGUACGUUCUGAUGACGAAUAAAAAAGUGCCUAAAUUUAGUACAAAUGCAAAAGAAGCAGCAGGUUUAUCAGAGGAUGAUUUCAAAAAAUUGAUCACGGAGCUUCCCUCGGAGGAUGAAAACUGGCAGCUUUCGAAGAUAUUACAGCAAGAUAUUUGUACCCAAAAGUUGACUCUUAACAUUGGGGAAAAAGAGAGAAAGUUGGUUGAUUCGUGGGAGAGUUAUAUUGCUAAAAGAAAGGAAGAUGAUGGUUUGAUCAGUGUGCCAGAUUGGAACCGAGACACCUCUACCAGUCUUUUGCUUUCUGUCACUGCCGAAGGUGAUUUAUUUCACAACGAGAAACACGUGGGAGAAAAGGUGAAAUUCUCAGAGAGAGUUCUGUCCAAGUUGGAAAACGCGAGAGGCGUUCUGAUAUCCGAUUUCGACAAUCAUCACCUCAUGAAGCUGCUAAACAUUCCUGAUUGCUUCAACUUUGACUUCGAAGUCGACUGGAUCCUUUGCACAGUCCAGUAUCUCGUAGCUUUUCAAAUUUCCUUGUCCACUCUUUCCGGAAGCCUGCAGACAACGAUAGUCAAUAAACUGGAACAGGUUUUGGAGAUUACGAUUCCAAAAUUAAAAUUGGCCCUAUUUGUUAUACUAGAUGGGUAUAAUAACCCCAGCAUUUAUGAAGAAUUUAUUCGACAACAUUUGAAGACGGUGAUUUAUAUUCCAAAUGCGGACCAGAAAGAAAUAUCGAGCGUUUUGUCAGACCUGAACAGCUGCUUUUUCAAAGAUAAAGUCCCUGAAUGCAUGAAGAAGUUCAAGAGAAUGUUUGACGCUGCGAUGAAAAAUGGUUACAUGUCGUACGUUCAAUUGUUAAUUCAUCCAGAGUUCAAUAAAACGCCGGUUUUGUUCUCCUUGAAGCAAGACAUGACUUUGGAACUUUUGGACUUGACCGUUUUUGACCUUUUCUGUUGUAACAGAAAGGUAGCCUCGGAAAAGUUUCCGAAUUUGGAAAUGAUUGCCUCUCUAUUUUGUAUUAGCUGUAUUAUGAUUGAUGAAACCUGUCUAAAAACCGAACCCGUUGAUAUAGAAGAAAGACUGAGACAAUACAAACCGCCACAGAAUGAAAAGAAAAAACUUGACGCCGUGAAACCUAAAUAUGAGUUGAACCAAAUUCUCAGUUUGCAACAGUGCAAUGUACUGAAUUCGACAGAAAAGUUCAUCGGCUUAAUAGGCGAACCGGGAUCGGGAAAGACCUCAGUGAUGCUGGAGAAAGUGCUGUUCGAAUGCCGAGACGACUCGACGGAACUGGUUUUCUUCGUGAUUCCGGAGUGCAAACAUCCGUUUCGCAAAUAUGUCGAAAAUUUCUUAGAUGACAAUAUGGAUGAAAAUCAUAGAAAGAAAGUGAAAAUAGUCCUUGUUGACGAGUAUAAUGCAGACAGCUUGGAGUCAGAAAUUAUGCAAAGUCAUUCCCUGACUUGUGAACACCUGAAAAAGUCGGUCAUUCUGAUUGAAGAGUUGCACGCAGGUUUCGACAUAACGGAUCACGGGGAGUACUUCAUAAAUCGGAGAAAUCUGUGCAAUGUCAUUCUACGAUGCAAGCAGUGCAUCAUUGCAUACGUAUCUGUCGGAAACCACGACCGAUUCCAGUCUCCUCUUAGUCGAUUUCUCGUUCAACAUUUCAGGGAUCUUCUUCACACUUUCCCUUUGGUUCUCACAAACCUGACAGUUCUCUUCAGGAGUGCUCAUCACAUAAGUCGCUUUUCCAGCAAAUUCAUCCACGCCACCAAACCCAUCACUCCUGCCUCAGCCAGGGUUCUAGGCUGUGUCCCGUCCUCCCAACAUUCUUUCAUAGUCGACUAUUUCCCAGAAACAUCCGAAACUUUCAAAGUUAACACCGACUCCAAGUACAAUACUAGUCGUCUAAUCACUGUUCUAACCGAUAAAACGACUCAACUUGACUCAAGAUUGAUCAGAAACUUGGACAAUGAGCCCGUAGCUCAUAAAAACGGUUAUUUUUUUGUGGUCGACCCGGUUGAAAACAAAUACAAACUUCCAUUUACGGGCAUUGAAACGUGGUCGGUGGUCGUUAUUAUAGACAUGGCGCAUGAAAAGACGGACUUAGUGGCCGUGCAAUCAGCAAUGCAUUUAGCUGUGACCAGAGCUCAGUAUGAGGUUGUUAUUCUGGCCAAUGAGUUCCUAAGGGAUAGUCUUCAAGGCUUCUUUGAAUCCACAACGUUAGACUAUACCGAAACAAUGGAAUUCAUUAAGAAAGAUCAGCACUUCUCUAAAAAGCAAUUGGAACAAAUAGCGUCGGAUGAAAAGGAAAUGAAGCAUAGGAUAAAUACUGUCUUCAACAUCGGAACAUUCGAUCGACUUAAAUCCUUUCUGGAGCAGUUUCCAGUCGAAAGCAAAUCAAAAUUUGUUCUACCAAUUUUGAAAGCAUUUUGUCUCAACAAAAGUAUGAACAAAGACGAGUUGGGAGAGUUCGUGAAAACAUUGGGCGAAAAAUUUGGUGAAGAAAUCAAAGAGUUGCUACUUAGGGCAAUAUCUGAUCAGCCGGGCCUCGCGACGUUUUCCGACCUGCAAGAAAUUGAGCAGAAAUGUUUGACUUACGGCACAAUCGACGCAUUUGACUGGAUACUGGAGUUUGUCGGUGAUGAAAAUGCAAGAAAUUGGGCUCAAAAAUCGGGCCAGUGGCUUUUCAUAUCUUUCAUGAACAACAGACAACAAAAAGUUGUUCCAUGGGUGUUGGACAAACUUAAGUGCUAUGGACUUCUUGGAGAUCAAAUUGCAACCACUUACCGAGAGCAAUUCGGUUACCAUUUGAACGGCCACCGAGAAUUCGCUGCAGUAACGCUUCUACUUGCUGUUUGUAGCCAAAAUGCGAAAACAGAGUAUAUUAAACUUCUUGCCGAUUCCGGUUUUCCAAAAGAAAAACUGCUGUUUACCCUGGACGGAAAGAAUGCUCUUCAAUGGUGUCAGCAUCACAGGAACUCACAUAAUUCAGAAGCUCUUCUGAUUGCAGAGGGUUGGAAAGAUAUGUUCGCUGAUUUUAUCUAAAUAAUAGAUUAUCUUCUCGUUAGUUUGCAGUUUCUUCAAAGAAUUGAUGGGGCUUUAAAUUGUUGGGUCGCUUUAAAUUGCUGGGUCAUCAAAAACCUAAAUUUCAUAAUUUCAUUGAGUUCUCUGAAUUUUCAUUUUUUUUUCAUUCUUCGCAGGAAGGGGAGUCUCAUAGUGAUUAAAUUAGUUCACAGUCCAUUUUAGUUCUAUUUUCUUUAUUCCAACUGCAUUCAAUCUAUCUGUCUGGCGCUAAUUGGUAUUUAACCUUCGAGGUGUCCACCUUUGGUUGACCUCUAUUUAAUUCACUCCGACUAACCUUGUGAUUUGCAGUUUACAUCUCUCCUUCUGAAAUUUACACUUUCGAAAUUUU